GAUCUCCGGCAAGAUGGCCGAACACAAGAGCAUCUUACAGGGUGGUUCAGCGGGCUAUCAGAGACCCCCCUACCAGGACUAUGAUGCCCAGUUGGAAGGUGAGAUCGCUGCCGACAAGCCACCGGUGGAACAACGAGAGUUCAACACCCUGGAUGAGCCCGUCCUGACAACCAUCACACGGGACCUCAAAGCAAUCGGCAUCAAGUUCAUCCAUGUGCUGUACCCCAGACAAAAGAACACGCUCCUCAGAGAUUGGGACCUGUGGGGACCUCUCAUCCUCUGUGUUUUCCUUGCAACGAUGCUGCAGCAGUCUGAAGACGAGAAGGUUCACAACGGAGCCCCACAGUUUGCCCAGAUAUUCGUGCUCGUCUGGGCCGGUGCUGCUGUUGUGACGCUGAACUGCAGGUUACUGGGUGGAACGAUCUCUUUUUUCCAGAGUGUCUGUGUCUUGGGCUACUGCCUUCUUGCCCCUUGUGUGGCCCUGGUGAUCUGCCGACUCAUCAUGCUUGCUGGAAGCCAGACGAUUGCCUUGUUCGUUCUCCGUUUCUUUGUGGCCAUGCUUGGCUUCGGAUGGGCCACUUUUGCAUCCACAGCAUUCCUCGCAGACAGCCAGCCCGCGUCCAAGAAGGCGUUGGCCAUCUACCCAAUCUGCCUCUUCUACUUCGUGAUCAGCUGGCUGAUCAUCUCAAGGUCGCCGUAGCACCGGAACCACUCCUCGGACGUCUCCCGAGCUUUCUUGUAGGCCGUCUAAUCGCAGAGCGCACAUACUUUGAGCUGAGGAGACUUGCACAGAUGCUUUUGUCAGGGUGACACGAAGGCGAUUGUACUGACACCUCCCAGACAACAAAGUACUGAAUUUUCUGUGUUAGUAAGGUAGGCCCACUUACGGUGCGGACUGGACAGGAGUGCGGCACUGGCGUUUGGCUGGGACGAGAAGGCCCUCCUCACUGAGGCGGAAGACUCGGCACUGUGGCUUUGUUAUCGAGGAGGUGUUGGUUUUACCCUAAUUUAUUUUUCAUUGUAGAGGAGGUACAGCAGUGAUAGGUGCUCUCACAUAUCCGGAUGCCAGAGUGAGUGUUGGACGUCAUAUACCUGGUUUGGUGUAAAGCUUCAGCUGAAGGUUGGAGUAAAACAAUCGGCCCGUUGCAAUCCUUUUUUUUCCUGAGUUUAUUGAAGCAUGCAUUUUCGAGCGUGUGCGUGUGUGUGUGUUAAUGGGCGGGUCCGAUUCAUUCCAGAUCUCGAGGAAGGUGCGAGUUCUUGAGGUUCUAGUCAGAUUUCUAUGCCUGUGUACAAAGUUGUGUUUUCGGAAUAAAAACGGACAAACUAUUUCAGCAGGUA